GCGCACACCCCAAGAGCUCGUUGCCCGCAUCACUACACACACCACUCAUAAUGAGGAAAGAAACUAUGACCCACUCGCACACCUUCGGCGGCUAUGCUGGUGAGCGCCCCAUCACGCGUCACGACCUCAAGCACGCCACGCGUAUUGUGGUCAAGAUGGGAACCAGUGUGGUGUCCACCAACGGCGAGCCCGCGCUUGGUCGCAUUGCCUCCAUCGUGGAGCAGGUAUGUAUGCUCAAGCGCCAGGGUAAGGAGGUGCUACUGGUGACCAGCGGCUCCGUCGGCAUCGGCCGCAAGCGCCUCAACAAGCAGAUUCUGCUGUCUGCCUCGCUACGGACGCACGUGCAGGGCAACCAGCAGAUGCUGGCGCUCGAGAAGAAGAAGGGCGCAAUGGCCGCCGCUGGUCAGGUUGGUCUCAUGUCCCUCUACGAGACUCUCUUCUCGCUGUACGACGUGGCCUGCUCGCAGGUGCUCGUCACGGCCUCCGACUUCAAGACGGCCCAGAACCGUGCCAACAUGCGCGACACGAUGCUCAAUCUACUGGAGCUGGACGUCGUCCCCAUCGUCAACGAGAACGAUGCUGUCAGCGCCUCGCCCGACGGAACUGUCUUCACGGACAACGACUCGCUCGCUGCAUUGGUGGGCGGCGAGAUCGAAGCCGACCUCCUGAUGCUGCUCACGGACGUGGAAGGACUGUACAAUAAGCCCCCCAGUCAGCCUGGUGCCAAGGUCAUCUCGGUCUUCCGGCCCGAGAACAACAGCUUCAAGAUUGGCGAGAAAUCGAGUGUCGGACGUGGCGGUAUGGGCGCCAAGAUCGAGGCUGCUCAGUCAGCGAUUUCACAAGGAGUGAACGCGGUGGUUAUUGCCAGUGGCUUCAAGUACGGCGUGGUGAAUUCCAUCAUGAAGGGCUCAAGUCUUGGUACGCUCUUCGUCGCCAACCCUGGUGUCGAGUCUCCCGACUCCAUGUCAGCCGAGGAGAUGGCCAACGCUGCUCGCGAAGGUUGCCACCAGCUCCAGGCUCUGUCUUCAGAAGAACGUGCUGACAUUCUGUUCCGUAUUGCCGAUGAGCUCAAGAACAACAGCAAGUCGAUUCUCAACGCCAACCGCAAGGAUCUUCAGGCCGCACAGAAGUCCUCUAUUGACGAGGGACUUAUUGCUCGAUUGAAGCUGUCAGAAGAGAAGCUGGAGACACUUGCCGACGGUAUCCGAAGUAUCGCCGAGUCCGAGGAACCGAUUGGUCGUAUGCUGAAGCGCACGGAGCUGGCGUCUGGCCUGGUGCUGCAUCAGGAGACAGCAUCGAUUGGUGUGCUACUCGUCAUCUUCGAGAGCCGUCCGGACUCGCUCCCGCAGAUCGCCGCACUUGCUUUGCGUAGUGGCAACGGUCUGCUGCUGAAGGGCGGCAAGGAGGCACUUCACAGUAACGCUGUGCUGCACAAGAUUAUUGUGAAGGCGGUGGAAGACGCAACGAACGGCAAGGUGAAGAAAGACGUCAUUGGUCUGGUCACGUCACGUGAGGAGAUUUCAGAUCUGUUGCGUCUGGACGACGUCAUCGAUCUGUGCAUCCCUCGUGGCUCGGGCUCCAUGGUCAGCUUCAUCAAAAAGAACACGCGCAUUCCUGUUCUUGGCCACGCUGAAGGUGUGUGCCACAUGUACAUCCACAGUGCGGCUGAUGUGAAGAAGGCCAUUGAGCUCGCGAUUGACGCUAAGACGGACUACCCGGCUGCUUGCAAUGCCCUUGAGACGCUGCUAUUGGAUGAAUCUCUGGUGAGCAGUGGCCAAGACAAGGAGAUCUUAGUGAAGCUUGAAGAGGCAGGUAUUAAUCUGCACAUCGCCCCCAACGCUGCCAAGUUGGGUGUCGCUACGGCCAAGUCGCGUCCUACCGACACACUGUCCACCGAGUACGGCUCCCCGGACCUUACAAUCGAGGUGGUGAAGGGCGUUGGCGCUGCCAUUGCUCACAUCAACCAGUACAGCAGUGGCCACACUGAGUGUAUCGUGACGGAGGACGCCGUUGCUGCCGAGCAGUUUCAACAGAUGAUUGACAGCGCCUGUGUGUUCCACAACGCCAGCACUCGCUUUGCUGACGGUUACCGCUUCGGUUUGGGCGCUGAGGUCGGCAUCAGUACUGGUCGCAUUCACGCUCGUGGACCUGUGGGCGUCGAGGGUCUGCUUACCACCAAGUGGAAGCUUGUGUCUGAGAGCGGCCACACCGUCUCGCAGUUCUCGUCAACCAAGAGCAAUCAUCCGCUCAAGUACACGCACAAGAAGCUCGAGCUGAUCCAGAAGGAGGCAAAUGUUGCCCGCCCGAGGAGUAGCCGGUUGUAA